AGAUCGAUCUCAUGAACUGGGAGACAAUGACCUGAGCCGAGACCAAGGGUCGGACACUUAACUGACUGAGCCAUCCAGGCGUCCCCUAAAAAUUCAAUUAGAUAACAGGGCUGAUGAACAAACUUUGGGUGACUCCUACAGUUAGAGACCAGGCAGGAGAGAACAAGCAGAGGAGGAAAAUGGGAGAGCAUGAAGUUCUUCAAGAGUAAAGUAGGUUUCAAGGAGGGGGCAGUCAACUGUUUUUGAAUGCUGCCAAGAGAUUGUAAGAUGGGGGCAGAGGCUGGGAAAGGAGUUAGAUUUUUGGUUAUUUAAAACCUGAGGGACUUAAACAUUAAAUCAUUCACAUUGAGACCUCAUAUAGAUAACCGGAUAUAGGAGUCCAGUGUUUAGAACCUGAUAUAUAAGCCUGGUAUUUGUGAGUGUAAAUGUAUUUGUGAAGGAGAGAAUGUAAAUGGAUAAGAGACUGGGUUCCAGCCCUGAGGCAUUUCUACUGCAAAGCGGAACAGAGGCAAACAUUUACAAAACAUGAUACAGAGUCAAGUGUCUCAUGAGGUAGGAGAGAGACUUGGAAAGUGUGUUGCCACUGAGGUAAUGCCAACAUUAACUGUGUUAAAUGCUGAGGACAGUUUCAACAAAAUGAGAACAGAAACUAACAAUCACUGGAUUUAAUAACUACCAAUUAAUAACUACCUUAGUCAGUAAAUAUUCUUCUAAAACAUCACUGUGAAUGACUGCACAGAAUCCCAUUGUAUGGCAGUAGCUAAAUCCGCUCACCCGGUCUCAUUGUUGGAAUUCUUAGAUUCUUCCCAAACCUUGACAAUUAUGGGUAAUGUUGCCUUGACCACACUCUUAGAUUUGAAAUUGCUAGAUGAAAAGAGUAUGUAUCUUCUCAAGGCUUUUGAUAUAGCUACCAAACUACUCUCUAGAAAGGUUUUAUUAAAUUCUAUACCACCCCAAGGAAACACAGUAAUUGCAAAAACUGCCUUUGCCAUUUUGAUCAGUGAUAUAUGGGAUCUUACAGUUGCAUUUUUGUUAUUAAGGUCCUGGGGCACCUGGCUGGCUCAGCUGGAGGAGCAGGUGACUCUUGAUCUUGGGGUUGUGAGUUCCAGCCCCACCCUGGGUGUGUAGAGAUUACAAUCAAUCAAUCAAUCAACUUAAACAGUCCUGAAUGUUUAUUGCUCAUUGGUCAUAUAUGAAUAGCCUGCACAUAUCUCUUGCCCCAAAUGUGAGUUGUUUAUAGGGCAAACUGGUGAUAUAUCCAGAAAUCUGAAAUGUUGGUGUAAAGUAAAAAAAAAAAAAAAAAAUGUAGAUAAGCUUAAGGGUACCUGGGUGGCUCAGUCUGUUAUAGUGGGACUCUUGGUUCCGGCUCAGAUCAUGAUCUCAGGGUUGGUGGGUUCCAGCCCCCCAGUGGGGUCGACGCUGACAGCACAGAGCCUGCUUGGAAUUCUCUCCCUCCCUUUCUGCACUUCCCCCACUUGCUCUAUCUCUCAAAAUAAAUAAAUAAACUUAAAAAAAUGUAGAUAAGCUUAAACUGAAUUACAGCUUGCCAGUAUACUAGCUAAGUGACCUUGGUCAGGUAACUUCUCAGGUCCCAUAGUCUUUGGGAAAUGGUGAUCAGGUCUACCUUGAAGUGUUGUGAACAAUAACUUACAUAAAUACUGGAAAUUACAACAAUUAUUAUGACAGUUAUUCUGCAUAAGCAAUUGCACCAUGGCACAGGAAUCUAAAAAUGCAGUAUGUAGAGUAAUUGAUUUGAAGAAACUAAGAGGCUAUUUGCGGCAUUUCCACCAUCCCACUCCAAUUUCUGCCCCUCCUCCCGGGUGCUGGUAGUGUCACUAUGGCAACGACCACGCGCUGCCGCUGCCGUAGGCUCAGUUCUCUGGCGGUUACUGAACUCCGCCACCACCCCACUCUCCGCAGACCAGCGACUGCACCGCGCGUCCCGACCACCUGGUCUCGGGUAAAUCUCCCCUGGCUCGAAGGCCAGGAGCCACGGGGCAGGAUGGCCAAGGCGGGAGCCUCUUCGUCGCUGGAGGACUUGGACCUGAGCGGAGAAGAGGUCCAGCGGCUCACCUCCGCCUUCCAGGACCCGGAGUUCCGGCGAAUGUUCUCCGAGUACGCAGAAGAGCUCACAGACCCCGAGAACCGGCGGCGCUACGAGGAGGAAAUCACCGCGCUAGAGCGUGAACGUGGAGUGGAUGUGCGGUUCGUACACCCGCAACCUGGCCACGUGCUGCGCACUAGCCUCGACGGGGCGCAGCGCUGCUUCGUGAACGUGUGCAGCAACGCACUGGUGGGCGCGCCCAGCAGCCGACCCGGCCCUGGGGGCGCGGCGACCGGCAGCCAGUGGUCCCUGCCCUACAGCCUGGCUCCCGGCCGCGAGUACGCUGGGGGCCGAGGCACCCGCUACACUGUCUACGACGUAGUCUUCCACCCAGACGCGCUCACGCUAGCCCGGCGCCACGAGCGCUUCCGCCAGAUGCUGGACACCACGGCCCUGGAGGCCAUCGAGAAGCAGUUCGACGUGAAGUUAGACCGCAGGAAUGCCAAGACUCUGAAGAUCAGGUACAAGGGGACUCCGGAGGCCGCCGUCCUGCGCACAGCCCUGCCCGGGGGUGUCCCGGCCCGGCCCGAAGGGGAGCCGGAGAGCCCUCUCCCCGAUUUCCCCUACCCCUACCGGUGCCCGGCGGUGGCCGGGAACUCUGUGGUCCCCCGGACCCAGGCGCCCUCCCCUCCCGAGGCGGUCCGGCAGCCCGCCCCCACAGAACCUCGCUACAGCGUGGUGCAGCGCCACCACGUGGACCUCCAGGAUUACCGCUGUUCCCGGGAUUCGGCCCCCAGUCCGGUGCCCCGGGAGCUGGUGGUCACCAUCGAGCUGCCGCUGUUGCGCUCGGCCGAGCAGGCGGCGCUGGAGGUGACGGGAAAGCGGCUGUGCCUUGAUUCAAGGAAGCCCGACUACCGGCUAAGGCUCUCGCUCCCGUACCCGGUGGACGACAGCCGCGGCAAGGCGCAGUUCAACAAGGCCCGGCGACAGCUGGUGGUCACGCUUCCCGUGGCACUACCCCCAGCGCGCCAGAAACCCACGGCGGAGCCGGAAGAGGCCGUCUACACACCCGGAACUGACGGCGCGGCGUGCUCUUCCGCUCGCGAAGGGGAGGCGGGCCCGGCAGGGGGUUGUGCCGGGAUUGGCGGCCCGGAACCCAGGCUCCCUGGCGCUGCGGAUUUACAGAGCACUAGUCCGGCCGCCGCUGUGGAGGAGCUUGUCUCCCAGCCCGAGGAGCGGGACUUGGACGAGCAAGCUGUGUGGACAACGGGCAUCGAGGAGGAGCCGCCUUCCGUAGCAGGGAGCUCACCUGGGGACGGUGGAGGAGGCUCCCCUUGUACUUCAUCUGGGGACCUUGACAGGGGGUCUUCUGCAGGAAGAGGGAGUGCGCGGGGAGAUCUCAGUGUUGAGACGCGCGUGAUCGGGGAAGGUGUUCCAUCUGAUCGAGCCAUGGGUCGUCCCGGGACGGGCAGCAGGGAACCACUGUGUCCUCCUUUGCAGUGUAAUCAGGAUGAAGAAUCCCUGACUCUGCUAAUUCAAGUGCCUCGGAUCCAACCGCAAAGCCUUCAAGGGGAUGUGAGCCCCUUCCGGUACAAAUUGUGCUUCUCCACCCAAGACUUAGUUUAUUAUUCUUUCUUUUUGCAAUUCGCUCCAGAGAAUAAAUUGAAUACCAAAGAACCUGUGGUUAGUAUUUCUUCAAACAAUGCAGUGAUAGAACUGGCCAAAUCUCCAGAAUGCCAUGGACAUUGGAGAGAGUGGUAUUAUGGUUUAAACAAAGAUUCUUUGGAGGAAAAGCUGUUUGUCAAUGAAGAAAAUGUUAAUGAGGUACUUGAAGAGGUCCUGAGCUCUCCAUUUAAACAGACAAUGUCCUUAACCCCACCAUUAAUUGAAGUUCUUCAGGUUACUGAUAGUAAGAUUCAGAUUCACGCAAAGUUGCAAGAAUGUAGUAACUCUGAGCAGCUUCAUGAAAAGGAAGAAAAAGUCAAUGAAGGAAGUCCUGUAACUGAAAAAGAAAAUACAGAACAUCCUACCACCUCAACAACUGAUUCUGAUUCAUCUGUGGCAGUUAAAGUACUAGAAACAGACGGUUGUGGUUCAGUUGUAUGCUUGCAACAAGAGUCUCUUGAUGUUUCUCAUAUGCUAUUUGGAAAGUCUCAGCAACCUGAGUCAAAAAUGGAACCUGAAUUUAUAAAAGAAAAAAGUCCCGUUUACUCAAAUGAGGAAAAAGAUAAUUUAAAAGAACCAGUGAUAACAGAAGAGAAAGAAUUACAUGGAGACCAUCAAUCAUUACUAAACGAAACAACAGUUCACAAUGUACCUGGUCUUGACAACAUAAAAGAAACCAAUAUGCAGGAUGGUAGUGUGCAGUUUAUUAAAGAUCAUGUGACUCAAUGUGCAUUCAGUUUUCAUAAUUCUUUGCUGUAUGACUUGGAUUAAUUCUAUAUAAUUUUAGAAUUUAAAAGUUAAGAGUAAAGUUUUUUGGACUUAGAUUAUUUUUCUGUUAACUAUUAUUGUAAAACAAAGUACUUAAAAAAGUAUAAAAUUAAAAUUUUCAAUUUUGAUUCUAAUGGGGAAACUGGCGAUAUUUUUUGCAUGUAUAAUUUAUACAGAGUUUCCUUAAUUAUGGUGAUUUUUGUGAUUCCUCUGAUAGAUGUGUACUUUUUCUAAUGGAGGGUUAUUAAACAUAUAGUUUUAAUACAACCUGUAUAUAUUUGCUUCUGUUUGUUUUUGGCUUCUUUUCUUUACCAUAACUUUUAAUAAAGUUUUAAAGUAAAUAUUCACUAAGUUGUGUCUGUUACAAAAAUUCUCAAGAAUGCAAUUAACUGGAAAUUAAUCAGUGUGUGUGUGUGGUGGGAUAGAAUCUCAAAACUAUGCAUUUAUAAGUUUCACUAAAUAGAACAUAUUUAUGUUUGAAACAGAGAUUCUUAGAAGUUUACCAACCAAUAUUAACGAUCCAAACAAUUACAAUACAAAUACACUGAAUGAAAUUUAGUAUUUUUGCUUCAACUCUGUAUUUUACUCUUCUCAUAUCUGUCACACACAAAAUACAGGUGAUAUAGUGAUACUUUUGGAAACUGAACUUCUUAAAAGGUGUUUUUGGAAGUUACUAUUGCAGUAUUAAGACAUUUCUUGGUCUUACAGAAUACAUUUAUGAAUAUUUUUAAAAGCUUUUAAGUAAUCCCUACACCCAAACGUGGGGCUUGAAUUGAUAAGCCCGAUAUUGAGAGUCACAUACUCCAACUGAUGCAGCCAGCCAGCCAGCCUACAUUUACUAAUAUUAGAAUAAUAAAAAAUCUGGGAAUUUGUUCCCAUAGGAAAACUGUCUUUGCUGUAUUACAUGGAAACAAAACAGCCAGUGGUUUCUAGUUAGUUUUUCUUGCAAUAUCUCAAAAAGGGUAGCAGAUAAUGUAUCUUAAAUUAUUAGUUUUGUGGAAUAAUAUUUUUAUUGGAGGCCAGGAGAAAAUCCGAAUAAUUUUUUUCUCACAAAAAUUUUUAAUACAGCAUGAAUGUAGAAAGGAAAGAAUUUGUUGAUCUAAUUGCUGACACCAAGACCAUGAGCUGAUUUAUCUAUGUUUCAAAAAAAGAUACUAAUUCAAAGGUCUGGCCCUACCUUAGUCCUGGAAAUUACCUAAUCUCUUUAGUCCUUUGAACUGGGGAAAGUCAGAUCAGAGCACCAAAAGGUAGUACAAAACCUGGCAAUUCAUCCUGAUUUAUAUUUAUAACCCCUCUAAAAUCUGGAACCAGAUUGGGCUAUGAGGGUAAUAUAAAGGUAGCAUAUAAAGUAAGAGAACUAUUUGGUCCACCUAAAAUGACCGUAUGCAUUUUUCCGCCAUAAUGACUCUUAAUUUGAUGAAAUCAUUUCAAAACUGUCCAUUUAAUACAUAAUUUCCAUGGGGUUGAAAUGAUGUCAUAUCUACACAGAAAUUAAUCUUUGAGUAAUUUCUGGUUGAAUGCAAUUAUAUACUGUUAAGAGAAACUUCCACAUUAAAUAUAGAAUAAAUUUUAAGCCUGUUUCCUAUUAUUGUGUGUGCCUUUUUAAAAAGUAUGAUUUCAGUUAAAAUAAAGCCAGCACUAGAACAUGUUUCACUGUAGCAUGACUGAACUUUCUAUCAUUGCUGGUUCUCGAAAACAAUUUAGGCUGUAUUUCACUUACAAGGCAGCUUUUUAUUGUUCAUUGGCUAUGCUUGGCUAAUUUGAAAGCCAGUUUCUUCCAAAGGGAAUGCAUUGUCAAGAGUGGGGUUUUCUUUAAUUCAAAUUCAGUUGUAUGAUGUACAAAGGGUUCAUAUGAAGAUAUGAUGCAAACUAUAAAACUUCUAGAAUGCCUUUACUGAAUUUUGGUGUAAAGAGUAAACAAAAUUUCUUCUACAAAAUGAUUAGGAACUUUUUAUGCAAAAAUGAGUUAUUUUAUUUUGGCAGCACUAAAAGAAAAAAAAAAAACCCACUGUAUUUCUACAUUGAGGUGAAAACAGUGUUUCAACUUUCUUAUCAAAUACAUUCCAAAAGAAAGUGUGUUCUAUGAAGGUUCCAAAGCACAGGCAAAUCUUAACACAAUAAUACAGGAAUCUGUAAUACUGAAAAUGUCUGUUCUGAUAGGGUGUUUAACAAACAUAACUUUUGAAUUAUAAAACCAGCGAAGCAAACCCUUCCUAGUAACCGUGUCGAGUGAAAUUGGGCUUGCUCCAUUAAUACUCUAAUGAUUCUAUUGUAAUACUUUUUACUGUUAUGACAAUUUUAAAUAAAGUUUGCUGUACUUAAAAUAAGUUUUGAAAGUGGAAAAGUGUACAAAGUUCCAGAUAAAAAGAUUAAGAGAUGCAAUUUAAAUAAAAUUUCUCCUCUUUUCUUUUACCGGUUAACAAUGAUUACCUUUAGCUGAUACAGAUUGAACUUUAAAACCCAACUCCUGAAAUGAAAACUUCUGUUUAAAUUUUUGUCAGACAUAGAAGGAAAAGAUUACUAUAUUUGGACAUCUUUUACAAGAAUUAUUUUUUUGUUUUUGUUUUUUUUUGUAUUAAAGCAGAAACCAGUUCCUAAACCCUUUUUAUUCAAUUGUUUAUCCUGUUUGGACAAAUAUCAAAAAUAGAAGACUGUCACUUUUGCUUUUGUAAUUGUGAUUUUUCACUGCAGUCUUCUAUAACUUUUACAGAGUUCAUGGUCCCUAAUAUCUCCCCACCCUCCAUUUUUCCUAGGUGGGGAAAUGGCUGCCACAAACUUCUCACUGAUAGUUAGAGUGUCUGGAAACAAGUACUGUUUGUUAUUAUUUAAGAGUGACUCAAUUUGGGCACUCUGGGUGGAUGGUCUACAGGUUUUCUUGUGGUGCAUACCACAGUCUCCAGCAUGAAAUAUCCUAGGAACUUGAGGAACCAGCACUUUCCAGAAUUUUGGAAGACAGGAUACAGUUAAAUAUUGAAGAGUCCAGUCCCAGUUAUAAUCAUCAUAAGUACAGAAAGUGUCUGUGCACUCAAUCAACUUCUGAUACGCAUCCCGGGUCAAGGCUAGACCCAUAUUGUGCUCUGUGGAUUUCCAAGUUUUCACGUCUACCUUGUCAGCAAUGCCAUGGAAACUGCGACUGGCCGUAUAGGUCCCCAGGGAGAGAACAUCACACUCAGGACACUCUUGCUGCUUUAACUUCCACAUCUUUUUGAAGACAUGGUAAAAGUCUGGGGCUAAGUAGUGAUCCUCCUCUAGGAAAAGUAUGAGGCCAGCAUAGUCUCGAAGAACUUUGACCCUUUCCCAUACAAAAUGCAGCUUCCACCACCAAUGGUGUUUGGUUUGGGAGAACUUGGCCUCUCUAUAAUGGCCAAAGGAGUCGGGAUACUCAGCAUUAAUGCAUCCCAUCUUCAAAGCUGCAUUCUUCUCCAGGUCUCGGGGGCAAUCUCUGGGGUCGCUGCCUGGAAACUCGUUGGGGUACAACUGAAUGCUGAAAGGAAAGAACACCUGCAGAACCGGACAGAAAUCCACCCCAGCGAUCAGUUGAUUGAUUUCUGUCGACCAGAAGUCAUGGCUAAAGAUGACGAGGACGCUGUCGAUGCCCUGGGCUUUCCGGAGGGAGUCCAGCAGCAGUCUGAGGUAAUCGGGCCGGUUAUGCACCUGGACCACCAGCACCAGCUCUCGAGGGGUCCAGGAGCCGGCCUUAUCUACAUUCUUCAGCGUCUGGUCGAAGUUCAGCUGGUACACCAGGGACCUGUACCGCAGCGUCAGGUUGUCCGCCUCCGGCUGCGGGGCCGCGGGGACCAGCGGAGCCGCCGACUCGUUGGAGACCCGGCGGAUGCCCACGGACACAGCCGAAUGGUCCCCGCCCCGGCCGCCCGCACCUCGCGCGGGCUCGGCGUCCAGCAGCGGCGGGGCGAGGGCCUCGUUUUUCCUUUGUCGCCCAUUGCUGCUCCAGAGGACGAAGCCGCAGGCGGCCACCACGAGCGUCAGGAUCAGCACCUUCCGCUUGUAGAUGCGGAACCUCAUGGUCUCCAGGGCCGGGAGCGCUGGCGGGCGGGCGCGAAAAGGAGCUAGCGGCUUCUGCACAGAAGGGGCGGGCGGGUGGCGGCCGUCGCCUUGGCCUGAGGCAGUCGGAACUGGACCCCGCGGUUGCCCUAGCUAACUCAUCCCGGGCCCCGGGGGUCCUGGGGCCCGAAGGGUCUCAGCUCCCCCGCGCCGCCCGGGCUCCACACAUCCUCGCCUGGCAGCUGCAGCUCGGGCAGCGGCCCCGCGGCUAGGAGCCGCGGCUCGGCAUCGCCUCGGUCCUCUCCAUUCAGCAAGGGUCCCGGAAGAAGCCCCGCAGCGGCCCCACCGCACUCCCGCUUGGUUACCUGCGCCUCCAGCGGCCCUGCGUCCUCUGCGCUCUCAUCCUUACACGGGCCCUACACCGCCAAGACCGAGCGACGCAGCCUCGCCCCACUCCGGCGGCGACCGUUCUGACAACCCGCGACUGGCCCGCGGAGCGCCGCGGCCCUCCGGCCCACACCCCUCCGGCCCGCCCCUUGGGCCCCUGGUUGGAGCUUCCCGGACGCGUCCGGGGACGCCAGGCCGCCGCUGCCUGCUGCCUAUUGGCCUUUAGUACUGUCGCUCACGCACAGUUCCUGCUUCCGCCUUGUUCCUCCCUUUCCUGUUAGGCGCGAGCGAGGCGAGGCGAGGCCAGGCGAGGAUCGCGGACGCCGAAUUUGCCGUUUGAAUCGUGCUGACAGCCCUGCUGCAAAGAUGGUCAAUGUUCCGAAAACCCGAAGGACUUUCUGUAAGAAGUGUGGAAAGCAUCAGCCUCACAAAGUGACCCAGUAUAAGAAGGGCAAGGAUUCCCUGUAUGCCCAGGGAAAGAGGCGCUACGAUCGGAAGCAGAGUGGCUAUGGUGGGCAGACGAAGCCAAUUUUCCGGAAGAAGGCUAAAACCACAAAGAAGAUUGUGCUGAGGCUUGAAUGUGUCGAACCUAACUGCAGGUCCAAGAGGAUGCUGGCCAUUAAAAGAUGCAAGCAUUUUGAACUGGGAGGAGAUAAGAAGAGAAAGGGCCAAGUGAUCCAGUUCUAAGCUUUGGGAUUCUUCUUUUCGUUGACACUUGUAGCAACGUUAUCUGUAUGAAAAUAAAUGCAGUAAUAUUUUUGCUCAAA